AGUGAGGAAGAGAGAGAGAGAGAGUGUGUAACAACGAGAUGUUCAUGAUCAUUCGAGAGCCACCCGUCGGAGGAGGCAAUGCAGCAAUGAGCGUGCCACAGGAGAGGACGGCUAAACAGGUGCAGGCUGCCAUCAAGAAGAAGGUGGAGAAGCAGAAGAAGAGAACCAGCGAGCAGGGAGGGGGUGGUGUAGAGAUCCAAAUUGUUCCUCGCAGUAAGAAAUCAGGUCAGAUCCCACAAACGAUGACAGAGCAGGACAGAGAAUCGCUGGAGGAGAAGCUGGAGGAGAUGAUGGCGGGACCAAAGAGGAGCGAGAAGGAGAAAGAGGAGGCAGGGCCCGUCGACCUGCUACCCAUAGUGGACUCUGUGUAUGGACAGGACAGAGAGCUUCGGCCAGAGGAGCUUGAUGAGCUUCGUGAGGUGUUUAUGGAGUUUGAUAAGCGCAAAGAUGGCUUCAUCCGUCAUAGAGACCUGGGGGAGUGCAUGAGGACCAUGGGGUACAUGCCUACAGAGAUGGAGCUCAUCGAGCUGAGCCAGCAGAUUGGCAGUAAAAUGGACUUUGAGGACUUUGUGCAGCUGAUGGGACCCAAGAUGCUGGCAGAGACAGCAGACAUGAUCGGAGUCAAAGAACUACGAGAUGCAUUCAAAGAGUUUGACUCUAACGGUGACGGUCUGAUCAGUUUAACGGAGCUACGUGAGGCCAUGAAGAAGCUAAUGGGAGAACAGGUGACCAACAGAGAGAUCAACGAGAUCCUCCAAGAUGUCGACCUCAACAAAGACGGUCUGGUGGACUUUGAGGAGUUUGUGCGAAUGAUGUCCCGCUGACCGGUCCAGCUGCCCGGACAGACAAUAUGCAACUGCUAGAAAAGAAAGCACACAGCACUUGAACAUUCUUCAGCUGCUCUUAAAACACAUAUGAAAUUAUAUUUUUAUAUGAAAUAAAGAAAAAAUUCAUUUAAAAAAAAUCCACAAAUCCCCAUGAGCCUCCAACCGACAUGAGUGUCCACAUCUGAACUGCACAUGAGCAGCUCUGAAACAUAUCAAAAGCUUAAUAGAAAACCUUUAUGAUUUUGUGUUUUUAAAUGUAUUUUUAUAUAUUCCUGUUUGUUCCUAGAGUGUAAAAUGUUGUUUGU